AUGUCACAGGAGAAUCAGACCUUCAGCUCUGACUUCAUCCUUCUGGGAAUCUUUGGUCACAGCCCCACCCACACCUUCCUCUUCUCUCUGGUCUUGGGCAUCUUCUCAGUGGCCUUCGUGGGAAACAUGGCCAUGGUCCUCCUCAUCUGCCUGGACGCCCGGCUCCACACCCCCAUGUACUUCCUCCUCAGCCAGCUGUCCCUCAUGGACCUCAUGCUCAUCUGUACCAUUGUGCCCAAGACAGCCUUCAACUACUUGUCUGGCAGCGAGUCCAUAUCUGUGACUGGUUGUGGGGCUCAGAUAUUCUUCUACGUGUCCCUGAUUGGAGCUGAAUGUUUCCUGUUGGCUGUCAUGGCCUAUGACCGUUAUGUGGCUAUAUGCCACCCUUUACGAUACUCAGGUCUCAUGAGCCAGAAAAUAUGCUGUUUCAUGGCUGCUUCUUCCUGGAUUCUUGGUUCCACUGAUGGUAUAAUUGAAGUUGCAGUGGUAUUGUCCUUUUCAUAUUGUGCCUGGGAAAUACCUAGUUUUUUCUGUGACGUCCCUGCCCUGCUCACUCUCUCAUGCACUAGCACCUUGCUAUUUGAAAGAACGAUGUUUAUCUGCUGUGUUGUCAUGCUUCUGCUCCCUAUAGCAGUCAUCAUAGCUUCCUAUGCUCGUGUUAUUCUGGCCAUCAUUCGCAUGGGGUCUGCAGAGGGUCGCCGCAAAGCUUUCACCACCUGCUCCUCCCACCUUAUGGUGGUAGGAAUGUACUUUGGAGCUGGCAUGUUCAUAUAUAUGAGGCCUGUUUCUGACCACUCCCCCACCCAGGACAAGAUGGUGUCCGCCUUCUACACCAUCCUCACUCCCAUGCUGAACCCCCUCAUUUAUAGCCUUCGCAACAAGGAAGUGACCAGAGCAUUCAUGAAGGUUUUGGGGAAAGACAAGUAUGCAGAAUAA